CAGGGGUGAGGUCUUUGAGAAGAUUUCAGAAGAACGCCAACCAUGAGGGCUGCAUGCACAGUCUUUGUGCUCCUCUUGAAAACAUUACAAUGUUUGACUUUAGAUGAUUCCCCCUUUCUGUUAAACAACAAAGAAACAGGUUUUUGUUUGGUUCGAACUUAUGGCCACUGCAGUACGGUCCGCUGGACAACCGCCGACCGAAUUCUACAUGGCUGGUCACCUAAGUGCCUGGGAGCCCAGGGGAAAAGUGUGGGGAGUGAAAUAAGCCUCUACGAUUGUGACGAAACCAGUUACCUCCAGAAGUGGGAAUGCAAAAAUGAAACACUUCUUGCCCUGAAAGGCCAAGACCUUUACAUUGAGCUCACUGCAGACGGCACAGCCGUUCUCUCCAGGACUGUAGGACCCAAUAACCACCUCACCAUCCAAGGGACGAACCAGGGUGCCUGCACAAGAACGUACAGAGAGCUUUACACCAUCGGAGGAAAUGCAGCUGGGAGGCCUUGCGCGUUUCCUUUUCUGUACAAUGACCAGUGGUACUCAGAAUGCACUACGAAAGACUCUAACCAACUUCUUUGGUGUGCGGUUGAAACUAAAUAUGAACAUCAACUCUGGGGCUACUGCCCAACUAAUACUAAAGUAGGCUGGAACAAACACCCCGCAACAGGAGCUGUUUACCAGCUCAACACACAAUCAGCUCUGACGUGGGCUCAGGCUGAUGCCAGCUGCAAACAGCAGAUUGCUUCCCUGCUCAGUAUAACAGAUCCUCACGAGCAGGGUUACAUUACAGCACUACUAGGGGACCAGGGAUACAAGCUUUGGACUGGACUGACAUUGAAUCUAGAACAUGGCUGGCAGUGGUCUAAUGGGAAUCCUUACCGUUACCUGAACUGGGACUCGGGACAUCCACUUUCUAACCCAGGAGAUAACUGUGGUGUCAUCGAUGGAGAAGUACAGUACUCCUGGCAAAGUUCAAAAUGUGAUAAGAAGCUGGGUUACAUCUGCUACAGUGAAGGAGUUUUGGCUCCCCCAACUGAAGCUGCUGAGACAGGCUUUUGUUCACAACCCUGGAUUCCAUACAAUGGCCACUGCUUCCAUCUUAAUCGUAGCCAGAAAACAUGGUCCGAUGCUCGGUUGGCUUGCCGUAAGGAAGGAGGGGACCUAGUGAGCAUCCGAAAUUUGGAGGACCAAAGCUUUGUCAUUUCUCAGCUUGGAUAUGCCUCUACUGAUGAGCUUUGGAUAGGACUGAAUGACAGGAAAAGAGAAGGACUGUUUGACUGGAGUGAUCACUCUACUGUCAGAUUCACUAGCUGGGAGUAUGGGAAACCAGCUAUAACCACUGAAAAAGAAGACUGUGUUGUCAUUAGAGGGGAGAAUGGAAACUGGGCCGACCGUAGGUGCGAGGAGAAACAUGGCUUCAUUUGUAUGAAGACGAGUGCCUCUGAACCAUCUGGAGAUGAAGUGGAGCAGAAUUUAGGCUGCAAAACUGGUUGGAAAAAACAUGGCUCCUACUGCUACUAUGUAGGUACUGAGACAAAGACCUUUGAUGAAGCGAAAGACCACUGUAAGAGCUCAGGCUCCUACUUGGCUGAUGUUUCAACUGGAGUGGAUAACGCCUUCCUUGUCAGCUUGGUGGGACUGAGACCAGAGAAGCACUUCUGGCUAGGGCUUUCAAAUCAGAAAAACAUUGACUUUUUUGUGUGGACCAACACAGACUCUGUGAGAUUUACACACUGGAAUGCCCUAAUGCCAGGCCACCAACAGGGUUGUGUUGCUAUGGCAACUGGGAGUUUUGCUGGCCUCUGGGAUGUGCUGCCUUGUACCAGUACGGAGAAGUACAUCUGCAAACACCUGGCAGAGGGGGCGGUUUCAACCCCUGUUCCACCAACGGUUCCAUCCCCUAAGUGCGCAGAAGGCUGGAAUCCCAUGGAAACGAGAAAUAUCUGCUAUAAGAAUUUUAUAGAGGGCCCAAAGAAGACGUGGUAUGAGGCUAGGGAUUACUGCAGAGCCGUCGGAGGAGAUCUCCUUAGCAUCCACAGCACAGCUGAGCAACGAAUAUCAGUGAGCCAUCACACUGUCUGGAUUGGACUGAGCGCCCCUGACCCAGCCACCGGUUAUGAAUGGAGUGAUGGAACCCCAGUCAACUUCCAACACUGGAGUGAUGGAGAGCCAAAUAAUAGGAACAAUGCAGAAUCAUGUGUUGAAGAUAUUGGAUAUUACUGGUGGUCAAGUGGGUCAUGGAAUGAUGCGCAGUGUGAAGAGUACAACAACUGGGUUUGUCAGAUGCGUCCAGGUAUCACUCCAAAGCCGCCUCCGGACCCUGUUGCACCUGAUUAUAACACAACCUCUGAUGGGUGGCUAGAAUGGAAUGGGAAUCAGUAUUACAUUAACAACAAUCGAAUGGCCAUGGAAGACGCUCGUCACGUAUGCCAACAGAAACAUGGUGAUCUCGUAACCAUCAACAGCGUGGCUGAAAGUGUGUUUUUAUGGAAACAGAUAUCAAGAAGUUACAUAAACGUCUGGAUAGGCCUGACGUUAGAUCUUGACGGAACAUCUCAGUGGGUGGAUGGUUCUCAAGUGGUGUUUGAAAGAUGGGAUGAAGGUCAGCCUGAUUUCAAGAAUUAUGAUGAAAACUGUGCAGCUAUGAUGUAUUAUGGAUUUUGGCACAAUCACAACUGCGGUUUGGAGUUCCAGUCUAUUUGCAAGCGCAGUGGCUCACCACCUGCUAACACCACAGUGGCACCUACAGUGGCCCCUAAAGGUGGCUGCCAAGACCCCUGGAAGAAAUUCAACUCCAAGUGUUACAGCAUCUUCAACAACCAGAAUUUAACAUGGAAUGGAGCAAGGAAACAAUGCAGAGACAUGGGUGGAGACUUGGCCUCUAUUGACUCAAGACAUGCAGAAGUGUUUCUGAUGUCACAAAUGGCUGACGCAAAUGCUAGAGACCUGUGGAUUGGUCUCCGUAGUUUCGAAGGUAAGGAGUUUUACUGGACUGAUGGGCGACCGAGGUCAUAUGUCAACUUCGGUUUGAGGAAGGACAGCGAUGAUUUUUUUUUGCCUUUCAUGCACUGGUGGCUUAAGAGACAAUUUGAGCAAGAGCAUCCUGAAAUGUCACCAUACAAUAAGUGUGUUGUGAUUAACACCAAUACUUUGGCUGGUAUUGGUAAAUGGAUACAUAAGCCCUGCAAUCAGACCUAUGGAUUUGUCUGUCUUCGGAAUGUUGACACAACUUUGCCAGAUGUCCCUGAACCACAAACUCCUACCAUUUAUAUCAAAAUUCUUAAUGACUCCUUCAAGGUUGCACCUCAGCAAAUGAAUUGGGAUGCGUCCAAGAAGCACUGCGAGGGGGAUGGUGCCAACCUAGCUAGCCUGCGGAAUGAGUGGGCGCAGGCUUAUGUUGAGCUGCAGGCUUUGAAUCUCAAGGCUCCUCUAUGGAUUGGACUAAACAAAGUGCAGACCAAUGGUUACUUCAGAUAUACUGAUGGGUGGCGUAUGAGAUUUACUCGCUGGGGUAAAGAUGAACCAAGCCCAGAUCGAGCUUGUGUCUACAUGGAUGUGGAUGGAAAGUGGAAGACUGCUCACUGCAAUGAGACCUUUUGGGGUGUUUGCAUGAAGUCUACUGAUGUGCCACCUACAGAGUCCACUGGUUUUCCAGGAGUCUGCCCUCAAGACCCAGAUACAUCAAGCGAAGAGCGCAGUUCUCUCUGGCUGCCAUUUAGGGGUUACUGUUAUGCAUUUUUCACUAUGGAAAAAGACUGGUCAGGAGCAUCUGCUAGUUGCGUUAAACAUGGUGCAAAUCUUGCCAGCAUUGAAGAUCCCUCUGAGCAAGACUUUAUAACAACACAUGUGAUCACAUUCAAAGACAGCUACACAUCUUUCUGGAUCGGCCUGUAUAAAACUCACAGAGGGGAGUGGAAGUGGUUGGACAAGACUGUAAUGGAUUACACAAACUGGGGUGAGGAUCAACCGAGUGGAUACAUUAAUGGAGAAAUUAGUACAACUAAUGGGACGUGGAGGACAAGCAGGAACGUGUAUAACAGACCAUACAUCUGCAAAACAUCCAAAGUAAUACCAACAAAGCCACCGCCACCAACAACAACAACUAAUGUUGGAUCAGCUCAUCAUCAUCGUGGUUACAUAAUUUCGGCAGUGGUGCUGAUCAUUGCCGGGAUUGCGGUGGGGGCAUGCAUCGCUUUCUUCCGCUUCAAGAAGAUGGGCUAUCACAUCACAUUCCCCCCUGAGAAUUAUUCUGCUUUUGAGAACCCAAUCUUCUUCGGUAAUAAGCAGCUUGAUUCAGCCACUGACAAGACCCAGCCUGCUCCGGUCGACACCAAUACACAAGUAGACAAUGCAGACGACACUGAAGUCUUGAUAACUAUGUAAUUUGAAAAACAAUCAAAAGAGUCUGAUCUGAAAUACUAUGUUAUUAAGGUCCACUGUUGCUGGCCCAUUGGGACAAUUCAGUGGUGAAAUCAUGUUUCAUGUAUGUUCUUUAUGUUUGACCAGAGCAGGCAGUACGGUGAUAUAACAGCAUAUUUUGAAUGACAGUGUAAGAGGAAUCUCUCCUGCAAGAUGAAAAUAUUGUAAUAACCUUUUGACUACAUUGUUUUACUACAAAAUUCUGUAUAGGUUACAGAUAAAUAUGUACACUUGGUACAGACUGGCCACACUAUCACUUCUGUUCACAUUUCUGUACUGUAUAUACCUUGGUUUUUGGGGUGAAAGUUUGGGAAAUUGUUGGAGUUUCAUUUUGGGAUUUGUUGAUAAUUCCUUGUUCUCUGAUUCUGUUGAUGAACUAAAUAGUAUAGGAAUGUACAUAUAUAACAGUGGGCUAAUUUCCCUGUUUCAGUGCAUUCAUUCUUACAUGUUGACAUUUUUGUUAUACUGCAUGUUAUGUAUAAGAGAAUACAAUAAAAAGGUUGAAAUGAAGAAGGUUGUGACCAAAAGGCUACAGAAGUUCAGAGUACAGAUGGUGAUUUAGGGUGUGUUCACACCAGGCUCGUUUAGUCCACUUGAAACCCUAUGCGAACCUGUUGGAUAGGUGUGAAUACAAAUCAGCGGAC